GGUAGCCAAAAGUUUUUUCUGCUUUCGCUUUGGUGGACAUUAAAGGUUGAUGAAAGUGUAAGAGUCCCCCGUGCAAAGGUCUCGAGUGGUAUCAGCGAAUACAACCACUACAUGAGUAGUCCAAAUGUUAAACCGAGUUAUCGUCGUAUAAAGUUGUCUGGGAGAGGGUAA